UAAUUAUGGGUUCACAACUUCACACCAAUGCCUUCUGCAUCCUUUCUUUGACUUCUCUCUUUUUCAUCUAUCCCUGGAUCUGUGGAACACCUUGCUCAAGGAGAAACAAUUGCUUUUGAGCUCUCUCUUUAUUGAAUUUCCUUUUUGUCAACUGGAAACCAUGCCUUUGGGAAGAGCACUUGAAUCUGCUUCUGUGAAUGUGCUUCUUAACAAGUUGGCUUCCCAACAAUUCAUCGAUUUCUUCUUUAAAUGGAAACUUGAUACUGGGUUGUUGACCAAACUACAGACAACACUGCAAGUGAUCUAUGCAGUUCUAGAUGAUGCUGAGGAGAAGCAAGCUGAAAAUGAUCCACAUGUCAAGAAUUGGCUCGACAAGGUUAGGGAUGCAGCUUAUGAUGCUGAGGACAUACUGGAAGAGAUCGCUAUCGAUGCACUUGAAUCGCGUAACAAGGUACCAAACUUUAUUUAUGAGUCGUUGAAUUUGAGCCAAGAAGUUAAGGAAGGAAUUGAUUUUAAGAAGAAGGAUAUUGCUGCUGCUCUUAAUCCAUUUGGUGAACGUAUUGAUUCGAAAAUGAGAAAUAUUGUGGAAAGACUUGAAGAUAUUGUGAAGCAAAAAGAUAUUCUUCGAUUGAGAGAGAAUACAAGAGGGAUAGUGUCUGGAAUUGAGAAGAGAUUGACAACUCCCUUGGUGAAUGAAGAACAUGUUUUUGGAUCACCUAUUUAUGGUAGAGAUGGCGAUAAAGAGGAGAUGAUUAAACUGUUGACUUCGUGUGAGGAAAAUAGUGAUGAGAUUCGUGUGAUUCCCAUUGUUGGUAUGGGAGGUCUUGGCAAAACCACGCUUGCUCAGAUUGUCUACAAUGAUGAACGAGUGAAGAAACAUUUUCAGUUGAAAGCAUGGGCUUGUGUCUCUGAUGAAUUUGAAGUGAAGAGGAUAACAAAAGCACUGGUGGAGUCUGCCACUAAAAGGACUUGUGGUUUGAACAAUUUGGAACUGCUUCAAAGUGAAUUAAGAAAGAUGUUGAACAGACGAAAAUUUUUACUUGUUUUGGAUGAUGUGUGGAACGAGGAUUAUGGGGAUUGGGACAAACUGCGGAUUCCUCUGGCAGUUGGAUCACCGGGUAGUAAAAUCAUAGUCACAACUCGGAGUGAAAGAGUUGCCUCGAUUAUGCGCCCUGGAAAAACAUACCCUCUCAAGGGGUUGUCUAGUGAUGAUUGUUGGUCAUUGUUAGAGCAAAUUGCCUUUCCAAAUGGAAACUCAUACGCAUUUCCUGAGCUGAAGGUCAUUGCAGAGGGAGUGGCGAGGAAGUGUAAAGGCUUGCCUUUAGCAGCAAAGUCACUUGGGGGUCUCUUACGCUCUAAUCCAAACGAGAAUUACUGGAAGGAUAUUCUGAACAGCAAGAUCUGGGAUUUUUCAAACAAUGGCAUUAUUCCACCCCUGAGGUUAAGCUACCAUCACCUCCCUCCACAUUUGAAGCAAUGUUUUGUCUACUGUGCAGUGUUUCCCAAGGACUUUGAAUUCGACAUUGAGAUGUUAGUCUUGUUAUGGAUAGCUGAGGGUUUUGUGCAGCAGCCAGAGGGGGGAAAAGAAAUGGAAGCUAUGGCCCGCAGCUACUUCUUUGAUCUACUAUCAAGGUCAUUCUUUCAACAAUCUAGUGUCGACAAAUCACAGUAUCUAAUGCAUGACCUUAUCCAUGAUCUAGCUCAGUUUAUUUCUGGAAAAGAAUUUCUCAGGUUGGAGGACAAGGCAGAGGUUGUCAAGCAAUCCAAUAUAUAUGAAAAAGCUCGCCACUUUUCCUACAUCCGUGGAGACACUGAUGUCUAUGUGAAGUUUAAGCCACUUAGCAAAGUCAAGUGCCUGCGCACCUUCCUCUCAUUAGAUCCAUUACAUGGAUUUAAAAUAUAUUGUUUGACCAAAAAGGUUCCAGAGGAUUUAUUACCAGAAUUAAGGUUCUUGCGGGUGCUAUGGCUGAGUGGCUAUGAGAUCACUAAAUUACCAGAUUCUAUUGGCAGUCUCAAACAUCUCCGUUACCUCAAUCUCUCUUACAGUUCAAUCAAGGAGUUACCUGAGUCAACAAGCACUGUCUACGCUACUGCUAAAAUGUCGUCAUCUUAUUAAGCUGCCAAUGGACUUGAA